AUGUACAACCCAAGUAAGCAUACUAUCAAAAGAAGACAGAGAACAGCUGUACCUCAGUUCUUACUGGAUUACUUUUCUGAAGACGCUCCAAUAAGUGGUUUGAAUUAUAUUCCCACUAAAAAACCAUCUGUUUCUGAGGUGGAAUUUAAUAGUCUUCGCCUACAAUAUACAUAUGCGCGCAAGAAGAGAGCAAGAACCAUGGCUGUAGCCCCCAUAGAAAUGCCUUCCAAGAACAUUGCUGCUUCUCAGAUUGACUUAGACGUCAAAAUUGAUUUCGAUACGUAUGAAGCCAGUCAGACCCAGAAAAGAAGUCUCUACAACAAGUGGGUAGAUUUGCUUUCCCAGUUAGCUGAUUCCUUCCUGCGUUACCUUGGAAGAUGCAAGGAUGGCUGUCUGGAUAAGAAGGUUAUUGCUCUUUUGUCUCAUUUCCUUUCCUCAGGAACAUUUGAGGUUGUUUUUUGCAGAUGCAAGUCCAUUCCCAAGCAGUUGGUUGAGAUGGGUAUGCUCCCUGCUUCCCUCAACAAUGUCCAAUAUGCAAUUCAUUUCGGACUUCUUGAGUUUAUGAGAGACAUGCGAGAUGUUCUUGCCAUCUCUGGCCAGGGCUUGGCCAAUCUGUACAAUAAGAUCAAUCUGGGUGCUGAGAGACAGAUCUCAAAUGCAUAUUACCAAAAUCUUCUGCAUGUCUUCAUCAGGCUUAUGAUGAUUGUUGAGGCCAAGGUAGAGAAGCUUUCGUCUGGAUUCCGGGAAUCCAACUGUUGCCCUGCUUGUCCGGAUGUUGACAGCAAUGUGGCCGUUGACGACUGUCAAUAUGUUGCCAUGGAUGGCAAUUUUAGCCUGAAGUGUGAGAGGAAGAAAGAUGAGGCUCAACUCAAGCAGGUGUGGAUUGGUGAUGACGUGAUGAAGAUGUAUGAGAAGGAGAGAGCUGAAGAAGGCAUAAGUCAGUUUGACAGCAACUUCCAUGCUAGCUCUGGUGGUUUGGCAAAGUCCAUAAAAUACUCUAUUAAAGGUCUUUUUGCAGCAAGCUGUGCACGCCAUGAGUCAGUCAUUAAGUUGGUAGACAUGGAAACUGGUGAAGGGUUUAAGUAUCCUCUCUCCAUAAUUAAUCAACUAUUUGGUGAUUCAGGUAGUGAUGACCAGUCUGCUGAUAACUCUCCCAACAUCAAUGUGAUAUAUGAUGUUGUCUGUAAGCUGGCAAAGUCACUGAAGGCUAACUUUCCUGGACUGAUGGAGAAAUCAAAACUAGCAGUUCCGACUUUCCAUGUGUAUGCUCAUGUUCAACAUUGCCAGGUUAAGCUCAACCCUAAAUGUAGAGAUGGGUUUGGCUUGACAGAUGGUGAAUGUUUGGAACGCCUCUGGUCAUAUCUUAACCGCUUUGUGACAAUGACCAGAAAGAUGGGACAAGCAAAUCGGAAGUUGGUCUUGUACAGAGCCAUCAAGUUCUGCAAUGAGACGAAGAAGGUUGAGUUGGGCUUGAUGUUGGAGAGUAAGUAUGUCAAAGCAAAGCGCAUCAUAGAAAAAUCCAAGAAGGCGUUGGAGGGAUUUGACUGUGUUGUGAUUGAGCAAGAAUGGAAGCAACAUGUUAACAAGGUAGAGAAGUCAGAGAACUACGUUGACAUUGCUGAUUUGAUGGAGUCCAGCCAUAAGGUUCAAGGCAAUAUUGCUUUGCUCGCUAAUGAUGCCAAUGGAAAUCAUGUGAAAGAUGAGAUCAAUAGGCUGAAGUAUGAAAUGGAGAAGUUGAAGAUGAAGAUCCAGAAGGAAGUUGAGGGCUUCCAAGAAUCUGAUGAAGAAAAUACAAACCUCAUAAUAUAUAUAGAAGAAAAUGUCCAGCUAGGGUACAACGAGUUCCUAGCUUACAAAAAAAAUAUUCAAAGAUGCACAAAAAAAUCAAAACAACACCAAACCAGCCUGAAUAAACAGGCCAAACAAAUUAUCUACCUCCUACAAGCAUUUAACCUUGAAUUCAAUGAGUCUUUGACCUUUGAUUCAAUAAUCAAUAAAAAAAAUAUUUUCUGGGAUGCGGAAAUCCGUCCCGAAGUCCAUCUCUUUUUGGCAAAGAAAAGAGCAGAAGAAGAAGUUGCACUUCUGAAGUGUGAUGCCUUCUGGCUCCAACACUGUGCCACAAAAGAAAGGACUUUAAGAGAGCAAGGGCUAAAAGCCCUUGACAAUGCUGUAGGUACUCUGGACAAAGAGUCUUUGCUCAGACCAGUUUCCUUCUGGAAUUCUCGUCCUCUCCCUCCUCCAUUUCUUUUGCUUCCUCCUCCUCCGUUCCUUUUGCCUCCUUCUCCUCCGUUCCUUUUGCCUCCUUCUCCUCCGUUCCUUUUGCCUCCUUCUCCUCCGUUCCUUUUGCCUCCUUCUCCUCCACAUAAACCCCCCGAUGAUGGAGAAGCUAGUAUCGCUUUUGUUGUGGAAGGUGAUGAUGAUGACGACAAUGACGAUGACAACAAUGAUGAUGAUGAUGACGAUGCCAAUGACGAUGCCAAUGAAGACGAAUAA